AUGGGCGCGCAGGGUGCGGCGGGCGCCCCCGGCUUCUUCUGCGCCCCCAAUGGCGCGAUGCAGAUCUUCGUGAAGACACUGACGGGCAAGACUCUCACCCUGGACGUUGCAUCCACUCAGACCGUCGAUGCCCUCAAGGCGAAGAUUCAGGACAGGGAGGGCAUACCGCCCGACCACCAGAGGUUGAUUUUCGCUGGUAGGGAGCUACGCAACGGCCUGCAGCUAUCCAGUUACAGCAUCCAGAAAGAGUCCAAUCUCGAUCUGGUUCUCCAUCUGCUUGGCGGGGGUCGCCACGUCGCCCCCGAGAGCCCGCCGCGGCCCGCGCGGACGAAGGAGGAAACGGCUGGCCACGAGCGGGCGAAGGGGGAGCCGAACGCCGAGUUGGUGAAGGAGGAGCCGGCGGAGGAGGCGACGCCGAACAAAACGAAAGCGGUGGUCCUUGACAAGCUGGACUCCAGCCG